CACACACACACACACACACUUGCACACAUACAUCAAGGCCAGUGUCAGGUGGGUAAAAAUAGACCUCUUGUUUAGUAGGACGUGGAAUAACUCUUCCUCAGGUCUGACAGCUUGCCCAUCCAUUUGCCCUUCCCUGCCUGAGACCUCGUUCAUGUCUUCAAAGUUCACGUCCGUGUUCUCUCCUUAAUAAAACAAGGCACGUGCUUCCAAGAGCACCAGGACAGAUAUAACAAGGCCGCUGUGCUCUCCCCCCUCCCUUCUACAGCGAUGCCUUUCACAUCUGACACAGGCCUAUAAAAGCCCCUCGUGGUCGCGUUGACACCGGUUAGCGGAGUUGAAUCCACGCGGCUUUACAGAAAAUGAACAGUAAGGUAGGGGGGAAGGCCUCAAAUGAAGAAAUGCUCUUGAAACACCAGCAGCACCUGCAGAGACAAAGAGAUGCCGUCGCCCACAGGAUGAAAAAGCUGGCAGCCAAGCAGGUGGAGAUAACAACAAAAACCAAUGCAGUGAAGGAAAAAAUCACAAAGAAGUAUGAGGACAUGAAGCGGGUUCUAGACGAGGAUCUCCGGAUCACACUGACCCAGCUGGACGCCGAGCACGAGGCCACGGAGAAGUUGGUGGAGGACAGGAUAGAGGAGUGCUACCACCUCACACAGGAGCUGGACCAGGAGCUGUCCAACAUCGCUGCCCAGAUGAAAAAACAUGAAACUGACAUUCAGAGCACUGACAUGGAAAAAAGAAUAUCUGAGACUCUGAAGGCGACCGACCCUGACCUGAUUCAGGUGGAUGACUUCAAGAACAAACAACUGCUGAGUCUCACCAUCAACCUCUUGCUGUUCAUCAGAUCGCAGGUCCCUGUCACCAAGAAACUGUUUCAGAGCUAUGCUGCAGAUGUCGUCCUCGACGCCGACACUGCCCACCCCAAGCUGAUCAUCUCUCCCAAAGGCGACUCAGCCACCUAUACGGACACCUGGCAGGAUGUACCGGAGAGUGAGUCCCGCUUCAGCACCACCCUAAAUGUAGUCAGCCAGCAGGGCUUCAGUGAGGGCCACCAGUACUGGGAGGUGGAGGUGGGUGGGAAGACCUACUGGGAGCUGGGGCUCACCUACCCAAGCCUACCGCGCAAGGGCCCCGAGGAGGACUCCUGGCUGGGCCGGGGCAAAGAGUCUUGGUGUGUGGAAUACUUUAAUGGGGACUACACAGCCUGGCACAAUGGCGUCCAACACGAGCUGCCUCUGCUGGCAGGGAAGCCGUUCACUCGUAUUGGGGUGUUCUGCAGCUUCCCCGGGGGUUUGGUGUGCUUCCUAGGAGCUGAUACCAUGACCCCCCUCCACUGCUUCUGCACUGGGACCUUCACUGACAACCUGCAUCAAGCAUUGUGUCCCGGUCACGACAACGGAGGCACAAACUGGAAGUCCCUUAAGAUCUGCGAUGCCUCCCGAUCGGCUCCUGUUCUCUGAGGUAUGGUGGGAAUGCCUCAGGCGCGGGAAGGAUGGAGCAGGAAUGAUCAGGAAUGCACUGCGCCAAGGGGCAUGCGCAUCGCCUGAUCUGACAUUCUUAACUCGUAACACAACAUCAGCUCUGGGCGCUUUGCGUGUCAGGCUAAAUUCGCCAAAAGGAAUUCUGUGUCUAUUUUAGAUUCACAGGUCACACAGCUUAUUUUCAGUCAUCCUCAUUGUCUUUAUAGUCGACACACAAGAGGCAACAUGACCUUCAUACUGCAGCAAAGCAGUUAUUUUUACAAGGUUGCUUAUUUUUAAGAGUUGGCAGAGAAAGUAAGUCUUUAAAGUGGCAACAUGUGCCCCCUCCCCUUUAUGAUUUACAUCAUAAUGAUAUCCUGAAGCUGAAAACUUGUCUAUUGCCAGUUUAAUUAAGAAAGAAUAAGUGAUUGUCUUUGAUUUGGGAAGAUAAAUAUGUCAACCAUUUGUUAGAAAACUGAACCUUUACAGAUAAACCUGUAUGAUUAAUUCAUUGCUGGUCUUUGUGUUUUUCUUGAUACAUGCUAAACAUGUAUAGAGCCAACCUAAUCCUUAAAAUAUCGCCAACUUUCUGUCUACACUUAAUUAAAUGUAGACAGAAAGCUGACGAUAUUUGUUUCCUAUUAGUAUAGAUGGCUAAAAAUCUAACCUGACAGUGAGUAUACAUCAGGGAUGUUUUUACAAAAACUUUGAAACUGGGAAGGUUUUUGUGUUCCUAAAAGGAAACACCUUACAGUACAGAUACAUUACCUAACAUUUAAGUAACAACAGUUGCUUAAGUGAUUAACUAUUAGUUAUUUAUUUCUACAUUAACUUAUGUUAAUAACAUCUAUAUAAUGCAAUGAAUGUAUAAUUAAUAUUUUUGUUAACAUACAGUAACACCAUUAGUAAUUACCAUAGUAGUCAUCUGUUGAUUAACUUUUAGUUCAUGCUUAUUAAAGCGUCAGCUAACGUUAAUCAGUGUUAGCCAUAUUGUAAAGUCAGUCUUUGUGAUAUGAAGUGUUUUUAUUGCCAUGUUACAAACGUCUUCCUGUCUUAAAAAAACAGCAGUGUGGUGUCGAUAUACAGUCUGUGUUUACCAAUGUGCAAGAAAAAUGACACACAACUCAUUACACUAUAAAUUCUUCAUGUUUAAUACAAUAAAAUGUUUACAAUAAGCAUUCCUCUGUUUUUUUGUUAAGUUAUUUAAACAAGGUAUUGCCCCAAAUAAAAAAUAAAAAAUUGGGCCAGAUUAUACUUUCAAUGUAAUU